UGUGUGUUCAGCAGCUCCUCCUGUCCUCCUCUCUCUGAUGAUGCAGAACCUGGAGGAAGCUGAACUCUGCUUUCCACAACUCCUCAACACCUCCUGCAAGAAGCAUAUUCGCCCUCGGGCUGAGGCAAUGUUCAUUUACGUUGUGCUGUCCUCCAUCUCUCUGCUCACUGUGGUUCUCAACCUGCUGGUCAUCAUCUCCAUCUCCCACUUCAGGCAGCUCCACACCCCCACCAACCUCCUCCUCCUCUCUCUGGCUGUCUCAGACUUUCUCGUGGGCCUCCUUUUGAUGCCGUUUCAAAUCCUGUUAACAGAGCCCUGCUGGCUCCUGGGUGACCUGUUUUGUACUCUGUGUUAUCUUAUAAACUUCAUCACUAUUUGUUCCUCAGCCGUUACCAUGGUGCUCAUAUCAUUUGACCGUUAUGUGGCUAUCUGUGACCCUCUGCACUACCACACCAAAAUCACUGCAAAGAGAGUUAAAAUCUGUGUUUACCUGUGUUGGGGUUACUCUGUUUUCUACAAUGUUUUCUUUUUAUAUGAUCACCUAAUACAACCAGGCAAGUAUAAUUCCUGCUAUGGAGAAUGUUUGGUUAACCUAAUAGGAGUUGUUGACCUCCUUUUCAGCUUUAUCAUUCCCAUCAGUGCCAUCAUCAUUAUGUAUGUAAGAGUGUUUGCAGUGGCUGUGUCUCAGGCUCGUGCCAUGCGCUCUCAUAUUAGAGCAGUCACACUGAAGCGUUCAGCGACUGUAACAGCUAGGAAAUCUGAGAUGAAAGCAGCCAGGAGUCUUGGUGUUGUUGUUGCUGUGUUUCUCAUGUGUUACUGUCCAUUUUACUGUGUGUAUCUCUCAGGCAAUGACCUCGUAAUCAGUCCUUCAUCUGAGCUUCUUAUGGUUUCUCUGUUAAUUUUGAACUCCUGUCUAAACCCUGUGAUUUUAGCCUUUUUCUACCCCUGGUUUAGAAAAUCUGUUAAACUCAUUGUUACAUUUGAGAUACUGCAGCCUCACUCCUGUGGGGCCAACAUAAUGUAGAGAGAGACUGUGGAGUGACUGACACUGGACUCAUGAGCUUUUCUGUGAAGAAGGAAAAGUGUUUUUAUGUGCGGUUGCAGAGUCACUGAAGUAUAUAAAUACACAAAUGCUGUUUUAUUUGAUCUUUUGUCUAUUAAUGUGGUAUUCAUAUAUGCUUUGAUGUUGUUUUGUCUGUUGUAUCUUCAUAACAAUUCAUGAACAGAUAGUACUCCAGCCACUGCUACAGGUCUUUGAAUAAUCAAUCACAGUGAUAAUCAACACAAUGAAAGGAAACAAAUUUAUUUUCCAAUAUUCCAAUGUCAGUAAAGUCAA